GCCACAUCUCCUUCGUCUUACCUGUUCUUUUAAGAUUCUGAUUUUCCCUUUAAACUGCUUUAAUUUAAAGCCGUCAUGUCUUUCUCACAAGUCUCUGUCAAGAAGCACCAUAGUGGUAGCGGUGGUGGUGGAAGAGGGGGUUUUAGCGCUUGCUCACUUGGAGCAACAGGAGGAGGAUCUCGGGCUGGAGGUAGCUAUGGGUCUCGCAGUGUCUAUAACCUUGGUGGAAAAUCUAGAACUUCCAUAAGUGCAGCCAGUACUCGAAGUAUGGCAGGAGGACUUGGGGGUGCUGCCGGAGGAGGAUUUGGUAGUGCUGCUGGCGGAGGAUUUGGCGGUGGUGCUGGUGGAGGAUUUGGCGGUGGUGCUGGUGGAGGAUUUGGUGGUGGUGCUGGUGGAGGAUUUGGUGGUGGUGCUGGUGGAGGAUUUGGUGGUGGCUUUGGAGGAGGACAUGGUGGUGGUGCAGGGGGCUUUGGUGGCAUGGGAGGCCCAGGAUUUGAUGGAGGGGAUAUGGGAUUCCCUGUUUGCCCACCUGGUGGAAUUCAGCAGGUUACUAUCAAUACACAACUUCUGCAGCCACUUAAUCUGACUAUUGAUCCAAACGUCCAGAAAGUAAAAACAGAGGAAAGAGAACAAAUUAAAACUCUCAACAACAAGUUUGCAGCUUACAUUGACAAGGUCAGAUUUCUGGAACAGCAAAACAAAGUCCUGGAAACAAAAUGGAAACUGCUGCAGGAACAGGGAACUAAGGGCAGCACCAAAAGGGCCAGCCUAGAGCCCCUGUUUGAGAAAUACAUUGGCGACCUGAACAAAUAUUUAAGCACUCUAAUAAAUGAAAAGGACCGUUUGAAUCAAGAACUGAAGAAUCUGCAAGUUCUUGUAGAGGAUUAUAAGAAAAAAUAUGAGGACGAAAUUAACAAGCGCACAAAAGCAGAAAACGAUUUUGUGUUACUUAAGAAGGAUGUUGAUGCUGCCUACAUGAUUAAAACAGAACUUGAGGCCAAGGUGGAUGCAGUGACAAGUGAAAUCAACUUCUUAAGAACUCUUUAUGCUGCGGAAUUGUCACAGGUACAUGAUAGCGUCACCGACACCUCUGUUGUUCUGACUAUGGAUAACAACCGUGACUUGAACCUGGAAGGUAUCAUUCAGGAAGUUAAAGCACAAUUAGAACUAUGUGCACAAAGAAGCAAAAUGGAAGCUGAAGCAUUGUUUGAUAAUAAGUACAAGGAGCUGCAGAAAACAGCUGAAGGACACGGGGACAGCAUAAAGAAUUCCAAGUCUGAAAUAGCAGAACUGAACCGUAGGAUUCAGAGGCUGAAGGCUGAAAUUGAAAGUACCAAGAAGCAGAUUGCAGGUCUGAAUCAAUCCAUUGCUGGAGCUGAAGAAAAGGGCAACCUUGCUCUCAAGGAUGCAGAAAAGAAACUUCAGGAUCUUGAAGCUGCUGAAAAGAAACUUAAGGAGGACAUGGCUCGUCAGCUUAAAGAGUACCAAGAACUUCUGGCUGCUAAGAUUGCACUGGAUGUUGAAAUUGGCACUUAUGGACUCAUGCUGGGAGGAGAAGAGCACAGAAUGUCUGGAGAUAUUGUCAGCAACUUCAGCAUAUCUGUAAUCAGCGGAGGUGCCAGUGUAUACAGCGCUCUUGGUGCUGCAGCAGGCGGAAUGGGAGGCGGCAUGGGAGGCGGAAUGGGAGGCGGCAUGGGAGGCGGUGGAAUGGGAGGCGGCAUGGGAUCUGGCCACGGUGGUGGAUAUGGCCACGGAGGAGGCUUUGGAGCAGGCCAUGGAUCCGGCCACGGAGGAGGCUUUGGAGCAGGCCAUGGAGCAGGCCAUGGAGCAGGCCACGGAGGAGGCCACGGAGCAGGUCAUGGAGGCAAAACCUCAGUGGCAAUUGCAUCAACAACAUCCACAUCUAAGACAUCCUAUUAAUUUAGAGCAGCAAUAGCCAAGCAAAAAAUCCACAUUUAACUACACCUUUGCCUAUCUAUUUGAACCUUGACUAGUAUGUAAUUAUUGUGUCACCCUACAUCUAUAAAUGUUUUAAUUUCCAUCAUAAACACAGUGCUUCCUUAUAACACAAUCAUAUCAUGUCUUUGUAUAUUGUGUCAUAAAUUGUCACUGGAAAGAAGACAAGGGUUCAGAAAAAAAGUACUAAUUUGUUUGUGAAAUAAACACAUCAAAAAGCAAUAUAAACAACCUGAAAGCAACUUAUCAUGCCGAAAUCUUAGGCACUGGUAUGGAGGUAACUGUGAAUCUCUAUACUAGCAACAAGUUGAGAAGAUCUACAGUAUAUCUACUUUUAUCCUGCUUGACUUUUAUCUGAGAGGAAAGGGGAUCCUGGGUGUUUGUAUAUAGUAUCUUUUUAAUGCAUUGCUGCAUUUUUGAUUCUAGAAUGUCUUUCCUUUUCUUUGUAUCUUCAAUAAACUGCAUUUGGAUCUGAA